CAGUAGAUUUCUAUAUAUCCAUUCAACGGACUUAAACCUCCUUUCUCCCCUAGUACUCCUCUUACGGAUAUCGUUUCUGAAGCAUUUCCCAUUUUCUCUUUAAAGAAAAUGGACUCACUCCUGCACACAACCUCUGCAACUUCUCUAGCUUCUAAACUCCUAAAACUGAGUGUUCAUAAACAAAGCAACUCAUUCUUGACGUUCGCAAGAAAAUCAGUUAUAGUAAGCGCCAAAAAGAGCAGCAAGAAGAAUACCAACAAGGAAGACACUCACAGCUUCUUUGACAAACCGGAAGAGGAUUCUCUUUUCUUCCCUGAAGCUGUCCUCCUCAAAGAGAAGAAAGUUCAGGAAGAUGGUAGAGUUCUUCCUGAGUUUGCUGAUGCUGAAGAGGAAGAGCUCUAUGAAUUUCUUAACCUCCAGUUGCAAAGUGAAGUGUCUGUGGAUAGAAUGCGCCACUAUGAAGUGGUUUAUUUAAUUCAUGAGAAGCAUGCAGAAGAGGUUGGAAGUGUCAAUGAGAAAGUUCAAGAUUUUUUAAGGGAGAAGAAAGGCAAGUUAUGGAGAUUUAACGACUGGGGUCUUCGAAGACUGGCAUACAAGAUACAGAAAGCCAAGAAUGCCCACUACAUCUUGAUGAACUUUGAGUUAGAAGCCAAAUAUAUUAAUGAGUUUAAGACCAUGCUAGACAAAGAUGAAAGAGUCAUUCGACACCUUGUGAUAAAGAGGGACAACGCAAUCACUGAGGAUUGCCCUCCUCCCCCUGAGUUCCACACUUUGCGUGCAGAUACGCAAGGUUAUGACGAUGAUGAUGAGGACUCAGAUUAUGACGAUGCCUAUGAUGAUGAAGAUGAAGAUGACACUUGGGAUGGUGAAGGUGAAGAGAUGGAUGGCUAUGACGAUGUUGAAGAUGGUGUUGUUAUUGUCAACGUAGAUGAUGAUAAUAAAAAACAAAAGAACAAUAAAUCACCUAAUGCAAUUGCCCUAGGAGGAAGAAAUCUUAGCGCCGAGAAAGUAAGUAGAUAGUAGAUUAUCGACAUUUUCGUUUCUGGCUUCAUAAUAGUAUCGACUGUCGAUGAAUGCUCAUAGUUUGUUGCUAUGUAUAAGCUUGUAUGAGAAUUAAAUUAUGACAGUUGAAUUUAUGCAUAUUGAUCUUCUUAAUGUACCACUUCAAUUGAAUCAGUUCUUUUCCGAGGAAAAUGAUCGUGUUAUUU